AUGGACGCUGUUUUUGCUAAAAUCGCAGAAGAAACGACCAAAUUUGGUCUCGGGGAUGAGGAGAAAUGGCGAAAGCUAUACGAGCCAUUCUACCCAGAGCCUCCCUCUAACGUCAGCGUCAUCAGAGACGAGCGAUAUGGGCCAGCCGAAAGAAACAGACUUGACGUCUUUGUCCCGCAUGGUGACGGAAUCGAUAGACCAGUAUUAAUGUACGUGCACGGAGGAGGAUUCUUCUCCGGCGACAAACUGUGGACGGACAAGGUGUACUCGAAUAUCGGGUGGUUCUUCGCCCAACACGGCAUCGUAACGGUCGUCAUCAACCAUCAAUUGGUCCCUCAUGUUCAGUAUCCCGGGGGCGCAGAUGAUAUACAACUUGCGCGAGAAUGGAUAUAUAACAAAAUUGCAACAGAGAGAUAUGGUCGGGGCUCGGUCGAUAAGGUCAUAUUGUUUGGGCACUCGUCUGGAGGUGCACAUAUUGCUAUGAACUUAUAUGCCGCAGGCGAUCCUCACCGACCUCUUCGAGACCCUCUCACUCCACCUGUAGCUGGGGUUAUCUAUCUCGACGUGCCGUUCUGGUAUGACAGAAAUAAACCAGUGCGACAGAGGACUAUCCAAUCGUACUAUGGUUCCGAUGAUGAAAGCGUUUGGGGACCUAAAUGUGCAGUGGGUCUAUUUCAACGUCUUCCGGAUACUUCUCCAGUUCUGUAG